GCGCGGCGCCGGGAGGAGGGCGAUGGUGGUGGCUGCGUGAGGCGCGGCGGGACUCGCGCAGGCUGCCUCGCCUUCGGGGUGAGGCGAGGAGAGCAGGAGCGGAGUGUGCCCUGUGCUCGUCAUGAGGCUGCAGGAGGACGGGGACAGCCGCAGGGCGCUGCCGCCGGCGGGGCUGCCGCAGUAAUGGGCAGCGGCAACGCUGACUGUCGCCUGCCGUGUGGUGCUAGCGCCCGCCCGGCGGGGACCGCCCGUGAGGAGCCGGGCAGCCUUGAUGCCAUCCUGCCCGGCCUCCUCGCCAGGUGCCGACAUCGUUUGCUUCCCCACGUUCCCAGUGAAGAGGCUUUUUCCUUCACACCCAGCAGAGAUGUUGAUUUCCUAUGGAGGGAGAAGACCUGUCUGGGUUUCUUCCUUUUUGCCUCCCUGUCCUGCAGUCUCCACAUCAUCUACUGUGUGAAGAAUGAUGAUUCUGUGAGAGAACUUCCUUUCAGUUACCUAUCCACUCCUUCUGCAUGCUGCUCCUGUCCAGUGAUGAGCCACUCAGCUAGACUGGGAUUUACCGUGAAGAAGGGAGAGGCAGAAUAUGAAUUGUAGACAUCCCAUCAACUUCCUCAUGCACUGUUUUUUUUACUGCGUCUGUAUAUAAGUCUGCUGGUAUCGAACACACACACUCUUCAACCUACACUGCUAUUAGCAGAGUUGCUACUGUGUGAGAGGACUGGUAUUUCUCACCAUCAUGGCUUCAGUUUGGAAAAGACUGCAGCGUGUUGGGAAACAUGCUUCCAAGUUCCAGUUUGUGGCCUCUUACCAGGAGCUGAUGGUCGAGUGCACCAAAAAAUGGCAGCCAGAUAAACUAGUGGUGGUUUGGACAAGAAGAAGCCGAAGAAAAUCCUCUAAGGCUCACAGCUGGCAGCCUGGAAUCAAGAACCCGUACCGCGGGGUGGUGGUAUGGCCCGUUCCUGAGAACGUUGAAAUUACUGUGACGCUCUUCAAGGAUCCCCAUGCUGAAGAAUUUGAAGACAAAGAAUGGACGUUUGUCAUAGAGAAUGAAUCUCCUUCUGGACGAAGAAAAGCGCUUGCCACCAGCAGCAUCAAUAUGAAGCAAUAUGCAAGCCCCAUGCCUACACAGACGGAUGUCAAGUUAAAAUUCAAGCCUUUGUCCAAGAAAGUGGUAUCUGCCACACUACAGUUCUCUUUAUCUUGUAUUUUCCUGAGGGAAGGAAAAGCCACGGAUGAAGACAUGCAAAGCCUCGCUAGUUUGAUGAGUAUGAAACAAGCUGACAUUGGAAAUCUAGAUGAUUUCGAGGAGGACAAUGAAGAAGAUGAAGAAAACAGAGUGAAUCAAGAGGAAAAGGCUGCAAAAAUUACAGAAAUUGUAAACCAGUUGAAUGCUCUGAGCAGCUUAGAUGAAGAUCAAGAUGACUACAUAAAGCGAGCAAAUAUGCCUUCAGCUAAAUCAGCCAGUUCCUCUGAAGAGCUUAUCAAUAAGCUUAAUUUUCUGGAUGAAGAAGAGCAAGACCUGGCCAACGCUAGUACAAACCCUUUUGGUGAUCCCGACACAGCAGAAUUAAAUCCAUUUGGAGACCCUGAUGUAGAAGAACCAAACACUGAAAUAGCUUCAUCUUCAAAGCCAGAAGAAAGUUUCUAUGCUGACAAUUACAAUCCCUUCAAGGAUGAUGAUGCCCCAGAGUACUUGAACCCAUUUGAUGAGCCAGAUCCUGAGCCUGAAACAUUUGUAACUGUAAGAGAUUCUCCUCCACAACCUGCAAAAAGGAAAAAUGUCAGACCAGUGGAUAUGAGCAAAUACCUCUAUGCAGAUACCUCUAAAGCUGAAGAGGAAGAGCUAGAUGAAUCAAAUCCAUUUUAUGAACCAAAAUCAAGCCCUGCUUUCAUUAAAGUUGCUCCGCUGCAAGAACCAGAAAAGAAGAUGAAAAGAAAGGCUCCUGAACCACCAAACCUCUUGCCAAAGACAGAGACAGGCAUGAGUGAGAACAUGUCAGCUAUUCCUGCAUCGAGGGACCUUUCUUCUUCCCCUAAGCCAAGCCCAAUACCAAGUCCUGUGUUGGGGAGAAAGCCAAAUGCAAGUCAGUCACUGCUUGUGUGGUGCAAAGAAGUUACAAAAAACUAUAGGGGAGUGAAAAUCACCAAUUUUACUACAUCGUGGAGAAACGGUUUAUCCUUUUGUGCAAUAUUACAUCACUUUAGACCAGACCUAAUUGACUACAAGUCCCUGAAUCCUCAAGAUAUUAAAGAGAACAACAAAAAGGCAUACGAUGGGUUUGCCAGUUUAGGAAUAUCACGACUACUGGAGCCUUCUGACAUGGUUCUAUUAGCAAUACCUGACAAACUGACUGUUAUGACCUAUCUCUAUCAAAUCAGGGCACAUUUCUGUGGCCAGGAAUUAAACGUGGUUCAAAUAGAGGAGAACAGCAGUAAAAGCACAUAUAAAGUGGGUAACUAUGAAACGGACACAAACAGUUCUGUCGACCAGGAAAAAUUCUACGCAGAGCUGAAUGACCUGAACCGGGAGCCCGAGCUGCAUCCGCCAGACAGUGGUUUGGCAGACUUUGCUUCUCAGGACGACUCCGUCUUUGUAAAUGACAGUGGUGUUGGUGAAUCUGAGAGCGAGCAUCAGACUCCCGAUGACCAUUUAAGCCCAAGCACGGCUUCCCCUUCUUCUCGCAGGACUCGAAGUGACACAGAUGCACAGAAAUCCCAGCAGAGCUCUGGAAGGACUUCUGCAUCUGAAGACAUUGGGAAGUGUAGCAGUACAGAUACAACGCAAGCACAGCCUACAUUGGGAAAGAAGAAAUUGCUGAUAGCUGACACUUUAGACUUGAGUGACUUGGCACAUGUCAGUGAUCAAAAAGAGGAUGUGUCUCCCACGGUUGCUUGUGGAGAUAACGACAAGAAGAGACACCAGAGCUCAGACAGUACCAUUGGUUUCUCAGAGCAAGAAAAGCUGGGACGUAUAGGAUCCACAGGGAGCACAAGAGCAGAUCCUGGUUCGCCUGUCACAAAGCCGAGUUUAUCUCCUACUUCUAAGCUUGGAUACUCCUAUAAUAAGGAUGUGGAUCUUGCAAAGAAACCACAUGCUUCUCCAAGGCAAACGGAAUCUGAUUCUGACAGUGAUGCCAGAACGGCUUUAAAUCAUGCAGAUCAAACUGCAAAAACAGCCCAGCAACGUAUGUUGUCAAGACAAGAAGAACUUAAAGAACGAGCAAGAGUUCUGCUUGAGCAAGCAAGAAGAGAUGCAGCUUUAAAGGCAGGGAAUAAGCAACUAACCAAUACGAUCAUCCCAGCCCGCAAUAAGCAGCUGAAUGAUCAGCAAGAUGAAGAGCGGCGUCGGCAGCUGAGAGAGAGAGCUCGUCAGCUAAUAGCAGAAGCUCGAUCUGGAGUGAAGAUGUCAGAACUUCCCAGCUACAGUGAAAUGGCUGCAGAAAAGUUGAAAGAAAGGUCAAAGGCAUCUGGAGAUGAGGAUGAGGAUGAUGAUAAUAUUGAGAUAGAUACUAACGAGGAGGUUCCUGAAUGCUCUGUUACUGGAGGUGGAGAUGAGCUUACUAACCUAGAAAAUGACCUUGAUUCAACGGCAGAACAAAACAGUAAGUUGGUGGAUUUGAAGCUGAAGAAGCUCCUAGAAGCUCAGCCACAGGUGGCAAAUUCACUCUCCAGUGCUGCUCAGAAAGCUGUAACUGAUAGCUCAGAGCAAGACAUUAAGCAGAAUGGAACAGAGGAACAUCGUGCUGAGCGAUUACAAAAAGCAGCAGAACGGUUUAGAAAUCCUGUUGUGUUCAGCAAGGACUCUGCCGUCAGAAAAACUCAGCUCCAGUCUUUCAGUCAAUACGUGGAGAGCAGACCAGAGAUGAAAAGGCAGAGAUCAAUACAGGAAGAUACAAAGAGAGGAAAUGAGGAGAAGGCUGCGAUAACUGAGACUCAGAGGAAGCCAUCAGAAGAUGAAGUGCUUAAUAAAGGGUUCAAAGACACCAGUCAGUAUGUUGUAGGAGAAUUGGCAGCACUAGAGAAUGAGCAAAAGCAAAUUGACACCCGUGCCGCGCUGGUGGAGAAGCGCCUUCGCUAUCUCAUGGACACAGGAAGAAACACAGAAGAAGAAGAAGCUAUGAUGCAGGAAUGGUUCAUGCUGGUUAAUAAGAAGAAUGCCUUAAUAAGACGAAUGAACCAGCUUUCUCUUCUGGAAAAAGAACAUGACCUAGAAAGGCGCUACGAACUGCUGAACCGGGAGCUAAGAGCAAUGCUCGCUAUUGAAGACUGGCAGAAGACGGAGGCGCAGAAGAGGCGAGAGCAGCUUCUGCUGGACGAACUCGUUAUUCUCGUUAACAAACGGGACGCGCUGGUCAGGGACCUGGACGCCCAGGAGAAGCAGGCCGAGGAAGAGGACGAGCAUUUGGAGAGGACCCUCGAGCAAAACAAAGGCAAGAUGGCCAAGAAGGAAGAGAAAUGCGUCCUCCAGUGAGCGGCCUUCCCGCGGCGGUGGCAAAAUCACAGCGCGGCUCUUUCUUACGUUUUUAAAAUGCCGACAGGAGACUGGAAAGGAAACAAAAAAAAAGGAAAAAAAAAAAGGAAAAAAUGUUUUGAAAAGGGAAAAAAAAAUUAAAACUUUUUCCAUUUUCUUAGGCCAGAUCUAGGCUGCGCCGGGCCCCGCUCCGUUGUUUUUUGGUUUCCACUCAAGCGAUCUCGCGUUGUGCCAGGGUUUCCGUGUGGGCUCAGCUCUCCUGCCGAAAGGCUUUGAAACGGAAUCGCCGAGCCCCCGUGUGUGCGGCGGUGCCGGAGAUGUACGGAGGAGCAGAAGAAAGAAAGUGCGUCCUGGAUGCUGUAGCUGGAGGAGGGCUGAGUUUUGAAAUAAAUAUGUUUUUGUCGUAAUAGGAUUAGAGAGGGGGAUAUAGGAAAAAAAAAAUCAUUGGGAACGUUUUCAUCUAGUCCUGCCAUAUGUAAUACUUAAUAAGCUACCUACAUUUUAUAGUUAGGUCAGAUCCACCCCAGUUAUUAUGAUUAAAAAUGUGCUGUAUUUACCAGUGUUUUAUUUCAGCAGUUUUACAUGUCCCCGGGAGCAGAGCUGAGCCGCUCUGCUCUACUCGGGGGGUUCCUCCGCCGGAGUCAGCGCAGAGCCCGGGGAGCGGCAGGGACCGGCCCGGUGCCUCCCCCUGCGUCCCCCGCGGGCCCGGGCCGCCGCUCCGCGUUAUUUAUUGCGCCCGGGCCGCGUCCACCCCGCGCCCGCCCCCCCCCCCCCCCCCCCCGUCGUGUGUCCCCACGCGUGUCCCGCGCUCGCAUCGUCCCUUCGUGGAGCUCGUCUCGUUUAUUUAUUACAAUACCGAGUCAUAUAUAAGAUUUUCAAUAAAAGCCGACUCUUUCUUACCGUAAA